GGACAUCCAGUCUACAGCAACAGAGCUCUCCAAUAUGGCAUCUUCCAUAUUUUUUAUACUCUUGUAUUUAGCUAGUAUUUGUGCACAGCACAACGGAGUUGAUGCUUGGAGCCCUCCUAAAGAUGGAAUAUAUGUUCAGCCAGCCCCUAACGUGGCACUUGGUGGAAUAACGUCACAGUCCAGUACCAUGGCCUACUAUGGAAACCCACGAAAUGCCAAUGAUGGUUCUCUGGCCAACAACUACCUGAGAUCUCAGUGCUCCUACACAAAAAAAGAAACAGACCCUUGGUGGAUGGUGGACUUACAAAAACCAUAUCAGAUUUUAUCUGUGGCUGUUACUAACAGAGUGCUGGAAUGCUGCAAAGAAAGGCUUUUUGGUGCUGAAAUCCACAUUGGAAAUAACCCUGAGCAAGGCGGAAAAUUAAAUCCCAGAUGUGGUGUUAUCUCGUCUAUAGAAUCUGGGGAGACACUUUCUUUCUCAUGCCAAGGAAUGGUUGGGCAAUAUGUGUCCAUUAACAUACCAGGACGGGAAGAGCAUCUUAUUCUGUGUGAGGUCCAAGUGUUUGGCCUGCCUGUCAGCAGUUCUGAUGAUGAAGCGGCAACACCAAAAGACCUGGAAACACCAAAAGGAGCUCCAAACGUUGCUGUGAAAGGGAUAGCCCAGCAAUCCAGUCUCUACAACAUGUACGGAGAACCAAAGAAUGCCAUUGAUGGGUCUCUAGCCAGUAAUUAUCUCUUCAUUGAAUGUGCUGGCACUAGUGAGCAGGAGGAUCCCUGGUGGAUGGUUGAUCUCAAAGCAACGCACAAAAUUUACACCAUUGCUGUAACCAACAGAGGUGACUGCUGUGCCGAUCGCAUUAAUAAUGCUGAAAUAAGGAUCGGAGAUUCAAAUGAUGCCGGAGGAAAACAAAAUCCAAUAUGUGGCGUUAUUAAGUCAGUGGCCAAUGGGGAGACCCUUGCCUUUGAGUGUAAUGGCAUGAAAGGUCAGUAUGUGACCAUCUUUAUCCCUGGAAAUAAAACAUCCCUUACCGUCUGUGAAGUGCAAGUAUUCGGCCUCCCUAGUGAAGCUGUUGAUACUGAAACAUCAUUGGUUCCUGAAGAUGACUCAUUCGAUCUGGCUGACGCAUUUAAAGACCUUUUUGAUUUAUGGCGGGAUGAUGAGGAUGACUAUUAUAGCCUAGAAUUUCCUACAGAACCAACACAUGGUGAAAAUCUUGCUUUCAGAGGAAUCAGCUCCCAGUCCAGCACAUACGAUCACUUUGGAAACGCAGAAAAUGCCAUUGAUGGUUCCAGCAGUACAAGAUAUAUGUCAGGGCACUGUUCCCACACUGACCUGGACAUAGAGCCGUGGUGGAGGGUGGACCUUACCGAUACCUACAAUGUCACCAUGGUUAAAAUAACCAACAGGGGCGACUGCUGUAAUGAUCGUAUAAAUGGUGCAGAAAUUAGAAUAGGGACUGCUCCUGAAAAGGGUGGGACAAAAAAUCCCAGAUGUGCUAAAAUUGCAUCCAUGGGCCUUGGACAGACAGAAACAUUCAGCUGUGGAAUGAUAGGGCGUUAUGUGACUGUUACUAUACCAGGCAAAGCUGCCUAUCUCACCAUCUGUGAAGUAAAGGUCUUUGGCGAUCAAAUUUCUGGAAACUACACUAGCAUCCCUAUUUCUCCUGAUUCUGAGGAAAUUGAAGAACAGCAAGCUGCCACUGAACUCAGAAAUAUGCUAAAGCACUCUGAUGCUGCACCUAAUGUAGCUCUGCACGGAGCUGCAUAUCAGUCCAGCACUGCUGAAAAAGGUGACGCCAAAAAUGCUGUAGAUGGCAAGCUAUGGAAUCAAGAUCCGGCUAAGCAAUGUGCUCAAACAACAGUGGAAACUGAUCCCUGGUGGACUGUAGACUUAAAUUCAGUCCAUAAGGUCUUCUCAAUUGCGGUGACCAACAGAGGAGACGGCCACAGCGAAGGGCUUGAUGGAGUAGAGAUUCGCUUAGGAGAAUCAGCAUUCAGCUGGAAGAAAAACCCUGUCUGUGGAACUGUCUCCAAAAUUGGUCUUGGGGAAACAUUUUCAUUUAACUGCAAUGGAAUGGAAGGACGUUUUGUGACCAUUGUUCUACCAGGCAGUGAAAAGUCCCUUACACUAUGUGAAGUACAGGUUUUUGGCUUACCAGAGGAAACACCAUAUGAAGAGUGGAAUGGUGAUUUUGAGCAGCAAAAAGAGAAUCAUGGAGCAAAGAAUGUAGCUCCGCAAGGUAUUCCUUAUCAGUCAAGCUAUUAUGGCCAAAGAGGGCAAGCCAAACGGGCCAUCGAUGGGUCCCUAUCCAGCAACUAUAUGGAAGGAGACUGCAGCCACACUAACAAACAGAUACAGCCUUGGUGGCAACUGGACAUGAGAGGCAAAAUGCGUGUGCACUCCGUGGCCAUCACCAACCGAGGAGACUGCUGCCGAGAAAGAAUCAAUGGGGCCGAAAUCCGAAUUGGAAAUUCUAAAGAAGAUGGGGGAAUUAACAAUCCCAGGUGUGGUGUUGUAUUCAAGAUGGAUUAUGAGGAGACGUUAUCCUUCAACUGCAAAGGGAUGGAGGGUCGAUAUGUCACUGUAACAAUCCCAGACAGAAUGGAGUUCCUAACGUUAUGUGAAGUUCAGGUUUUUGCUGAUCCACUUGAAGCAAUUAUUGAAGAAGAUAAACCAGAGCCACCGUAUAUUAUAGAGCCUGAUGUGGAAAUAUCAAACAUUAAUAUGGAUCUUACAAACACAUCUUUAAUGUUCCCAAAAGAAAGUGACACCAACUUUGUAAAUCUAUUACCUGAUAAAGCAAUGAGCCUCAGAGCUUUUACGCUCUGCAUGAAGUUGCUCUUGAAUGUUCCUGAAAAUCGAGAAACCAUUUUAUUUUCAUACCGUACACUGCAUUACGAUGAGCUAAACCUUUGGAUUGAGCGUGAUGGGAGAAUAGGGCUAUACAUGAGCGGAGAUGGCCUUAUAUUCCCAAGAAUGAAAUUUAAAGAUGAAUGGAACCAUCUUUGUGUGACUUGGGAGUCCAAGCGCGGUCGCACUGAACUCUGGAUGAAUGGUAGACGAUCAGCCACAAAGGUGUAUCGCCGAAAGCACACUGUGCGUUCAGGCGGACUUGUCCUGUUGGGUCAAGAUCAAGAUUCUUUUGGUGGAGGCUUUGAUAAGACCCAAAGCUAUUUGGGCCAAAUCAAAGACCUUCAGAUGUGGACCAAAGUUCUGCCCCUGAGGUCUCUCAAAUCUUUGUUCAAGGGGAGAGAAAUUCAAAAUGGCAAUAUAUUUGAUUGGAGUUCAUUAUCUUACAUAGUCAGGGGGAAUGUUACAAUAGUCUAAAAUGAAAUCAGCUCAGGUUAAUAACACAUUGGGUAAUAACUGAUUGGGUAAUCUCUUUCUCUGUUCAAUUAAUUAUUAGUAUCUGACAGUCCCACUAACACAGGAAAGGGAGUUAACCAUAAAAUUCAUGCCACUCUUGUAUGGUUUGUAGUGGCCACUUGUAGCUUUAUAUUGUGGCUGAUAUCCUAUCACUCUGCAGCUAGAGAUACAUUGGUUAAAGAUGAUGGGAGUCUUAGUUCAGCAAAAGAUUCAGAGCCAAAAGAUGCUCAUAUCUGAUCCAGGAAACAUGUGCAGUAGUCUGGCCAGAUCAUGUGCUUGAAAAUAGUAUUUUAGUAUUCUGAGCUCUGUUUAACUGAUUUUACUGUGUAACAUGUUCAUUCUGAUUGUAAAAAUGAAACCAAACAUUUAAAAGCCUAAGUACAAUAUUGAAAAAUAAAGACAAUUUGAUUUCA